ACUGAUAUCUUUAACCUUGGUGCACUUAAGAUAACUGUCUCGAAUUAAAAUGAGUCAGUUCUAUCGUGAGUUUCAACCGGGUAAUAACUUAGGAUCAAAUAAAAAUGUUGCAAUACGUUUUUGGUUUAUUGGCUGUUUUAAUAGUUUGGGGUUUAUUGAGGUAUUUAAAGCGGCACAGAGAGAUUUAUUAUCAUUUGGAAAAAAUCGGAGGGCCUAAAGCGUACCCGAUUAUUGGAAAUUUGUAUUUAUUUUUUGGUGUAAAACGUUCUGAUAUCUUUCGACGUUUUACCGAAAUCGCCAAGAAAUAUGGUACAUUUUUUCGGACGUACAACUUAUUUUAUUACGAAAUUAACAUAGCAACACCAGAACAUUUCGAAGUGAUCAUGAAUAGUUCGGUACACAUUAAAAAAGGGAGUUUGUAUAAGAUAAUAAAAGAAUGGUUAGGAGAUGGGUUAUUGAUUAGUGAUGGGGCGAAAUGGCAACAAAGAAGGAAAAUGAUCACUCCAACUUUCCAUUUUAAAAUUUUAGAGAAUUUCAUGAACGUUUUCGUUGAAAAAAGCAAAUUACUUAUUGAGUACUUAGAUAAAGUGGCUGAUGGGACAAGUUUCGAUGUUUACCCUUAUAUCACUCAUUGCACUUUAGAUAUCAUUUGUGAAACCGCGAUGGGGGUUCCCAUAAACGCAAUAUCUGACAGAAAUAGCCCUUACACCCAAGCUAUUUAUAAAACAACCGGAUUAAUCCUAAAAAGACAAUUAAGCAUCCUCCAACAAACCCCGAUUUACCCUUAUCUAAAAGAUGGAAAAGAUUUCUACAAAAACUUAAGCAUCAUGCACAACUUCACCGAUAAAGUUAUCUCAGAUAGGAGGAAACAUCUCAAAGAAAACCCGAUUAAAAUCGAAGAAAACGAUUUUAGCCAAAAAACUCGAUUAUCAUUUUUAGAUCUUUUAUUAGAAACUUCGUUAGAUGACAUCGAUAUUCGAGCAGAAGUUGAUACCUUUAUGUUUGAAGGGCACGAUACGACAACGGCAGGAAUUUCUUGGAGCUUAUUUUUAUUUGGGUUAAACCAAGAUGUCCAAGAGAAAGCCUAUCAAGAAAUAAAUACCGUUUUGGGCGACAAAAAAGCCCCUGAAACGAUCUCCGAAUUAAACGAUUUGAAGUACUUAGAAUGCUGCAUUAAAGAAGCUUUGAGAUUAUACCCAAGUGUACCAUUUUUUGCAAGAUGUUUAACUGAAGAAAUUACUUUAGAUGGAUUUAAAAUUCCUAAAGGAACCGAAAUCAACAUCAACGUUUACCACGUUCAUAGAAAUCCGGAGAUUUAUCCUAAUCCGGAUAAAUUCGAUCCGGAUCGAUUUCUUCCAGAAAAUUGCAAAAAUCGCCAUCCUUAUGCUUACGUCCCUUUUAGUGCUGGACCGAGGAAUUGUAUUGGGCAAAAGUUUGCUAUGUACGAAGAAAAAACUUUGCUUGCGUCAAUUUUAAAAAAUUUUAGGAUUGUUCCUGUUGAUACUCUCGAAACGAUUAAUAUUGUGGCUGAGUUGAUUUUAAGACCGGAGGGGGCUCUUAAAAUUGCUUUGGAGAAGCGAUCGAAUAAAAAAUAAAUUGAA